AAACCCCUUGUCUCCCCCUCUCUGGGUGGAUGAAGACGAAUCACAGAAUAUGCAGAUUUAGAAGAUCUGUUUGGUGUGCUGGUUGGGAAAAAGAUGUCAACAGUAGGUAUGUAAUGCAGUGCUAAACCUUAGAGUAGAAAUGCAAGAUCCUCUCCCAGCUGAGGUCUUUUUUUGUGAGCUUCCCACGGCUGAAUUACAGGGGCUUAAUGCAAACCAUGGUAGGUUGUUGUUAAUAGUCCAGGUCAGCUUGCAAAGAAAGCAUCUUGAUUUUCUCAGAAAAACUAUCCAUCAAUAUUUGCACCAAACUUUGUAACUAAUGCAAGAUAACCAUAAAGAUAAUUUGAAGUCCUGUGGACUGUCUUUAAGAAAACAUAAGGCAAUCUUUAGGCUUCAGUCAGACUGGGAAUAAUAUCCUGUGCUAUGGCAUAUGUGCAUAAGCAAUGAUUUUCAAUCAAAAAAGAAUUCUUUCUUUUUCUCCAGGGUUUCCAGAGUCACAGAUCCUUUCGACCAAGGCAACCUGUACACAUUAAAUAUCUUUUCUUUGAGCAAACCUAUUGGUUUGCUUCAAAAAAUAAGACUUUGGGACUUAGAGCAUCUGAACAACACUGUCUAAACACUAGUUCACACUCCAGAAUUAUUUUGACCACCUGAGGAUCACUAGAGCUCCUGUCAUUCCAGCCUUGGGUAGUGACUGACUUGUCCUAGACCACCUGAAAUAGAAGUUUGUUAGCAGUAUGGAAAAAUCAUGUGGGUUCAUGUAUAUGAUUGCGCUUUCUCUGGAUUUCUAGCAAAGCUUAAUUCUGAGGAGUACUGCCUUUUCUCCGUAGGCUUGGCUAAGCUAGAUAACUUUCCAACCUUGAAUAGCUUUAUUCUCUCUUUAAUGUAGAUGAAAUUCUGGAUUUCAGCGGUCAGCUAAUAACUAGCUUUUAUAAUUACAAAAGUUUUAUUGUUUUUAGUCUACAUCACUAAAACCUCUAACAAUUUUCCUUCCUGUUCUCCUGCUAGAACAAUAAUACAGACCCUGUCAAGGACAGCACUAUCUUUACAGAGUGCUCUCUGAGUAUGUAACACACGUGCUGUGCAUAAUGUGGUGCAGAAUUUGAAACUCACCUAUAAAAGGGAAAUACAUCCUCAAUAAUGGUUGUUUACAUCUCCGGUGGCACCGAGUGACCUAACUGUGUCAGUUCUGCAGAAAAGUUACAGGCAGUGAGGGGUGGGCUGGAUACCUGCAGUGGGGCUUUCCUCUGUGGGCUUCCAGCUGCAGGGGGUGUGUGGUAGCUGGUACCUUCUGCUCCUGCUUGGUCUGGGCUCUUGAUUUCAUUAAGGUGCUGUGAUUGCGGUUUUGUUCUGAGAUCUGCGCGCAGCCUCGGGCCAAAAAGCAACAUCACUGUGUUUCUGCAAACCUCUCCAGAGCUGGAGAGGGUCUCUUGAUGGUUACCAGAUCUUACCAGCCAUAUGAUGGACGUUUGGUAUGGGUUUAACUCUAGGACCACGAAGUAGUACUUCUAAUACAUCCAUUCAUAAUGUGUAGAUUUCAGCUAGUUUAGUUAAGUUGUGGUUAUAUGAAUUGAUACUUGUUCUCUUUUAAGACUGGAUUGUGCUUUUUUUGGCCUGAGGUGAAUUAAACUUAACAGGCACCAAAAAGAAUGAGACUGGGCCUGUUGCAAGUGUUGCAAAAGAAAAGGACUUCUGGGACAUUGUUUAUGACUAUAAAUUAUUUCAACUGGUGACUUUCUAUGCAUUUUCUCAUAGUAUUUGCCUCUGAAGUGCUUACAAGCAGAAAACAGUCUGGGACUUCCAAAACUUUAGUGUAUAUAUUCUGUGUUUAACGACAGUGACUAAUAAAUGAACUUGGAAAAAGUGUUAACACAAACCAGUUUCCUCUUGAGCCACUGUUUUCCCAUAGGCUUGCCAUACAGAUCUGUGCAUUCUGCUCAUUUCAGCAGCACCUGCUCUGUGAGUGUGAAAUCUUUCUCCUGCUGAAGGCAGAAGUUAUUGUUCAGACUACUUGGUGGUCUACUUGAAUUCAUUGUUGGAAAAAUAUCACAUGGGUUUGGGCACUGUGAAAGCAAGCUGUGAGCCUUACUUGUCCUGCAAGCGCUGUUUGCCACGAUUGCUUCUCUUACUACUUUAUCUUGAACAGUAUUUGUUCCACACUGACCAGCAACUUCUUUGACUUGGCUGUGAUUGCAUGGCAGCCUUUUGCUGCUUUUUUUCUCUCCCUCCCAUUUUUGUGUAUUUGCUGUGCCUCCUGCUGUUCUCUCACAACUUCAUAAAGAAGUUUGCCACAUCACAGAUGAGCCUCUUGCGCUGAGAGCUGGCCAAAAGCUGAUACCAAUCUUCUAAAGUCACGGUGCAGCAGUGGCGUGAAAGCAACAAAAAUCACAUCUUAAUGUUCAGUAGGCACAAAACAAAUGAGAAGCAGAAAAUCCACCAAUGUGGAUAAAUUAUUGAUUUUCAGCUUGUUUUUCUUACUGGUCAGUCCUAUGAAAAGUUUCUCCUGCCAAACACUGUGUUUUUCAGAAUUGCCUGCUUUAUUCAUAAAUAACACUGUUUAGAAGCUCUUUGCUUUCAAAAUACUGUUUUCAUGCCCCUGGCACAGUCUAGCAUCUAGAAAGGUAACAGAGCCUGUUGAAGAAGUGAACUUGUUCAAACUCACUGUUAAUACAUUCUUUAAUUGUUAAUUUGAUGGUCGAUAAACCCAGCCCGCAAACUAGUGCAAUAUGUGGAUGCAGCUGCACAAAUGUGACAACAGUAAGAUUUUAUGUCAGUGCUGGGCCAUCUGAUGCAUUCUUCAGGGGAAGAGAGCCCAAAGAGUGAAUUGCCAUAGUGUGAAAGACUGGAUAUCUGAUCCAGCUGUGCUGUUGUAAUGAUCUGCCAUGGGCUUGGUCAACUUAAAAGAUACAAGAGACACAACAGUUUGAAGAAAGUUGAUCAGAACGCUUUGUGGGCACACUGUAUUGACUGCUGUAUUUCCUAUCUUACCCACUGUUUUGAGCUGCAGUUAUAGACUACUUAGGAUCAAUCUGUGUCAGGAUGUUACUGCUUAGCUGUUAAUUUCAUUUUUUACUAUAUCUGUGCUGGGUCUUUCCCAGCCAUUUCCCCAGACCCAUGGCAUGAGACUGGGAUUUCUAAUUCUGUGGUUGCAGCCAAAACUAUACCUUUUGCUUUACUUUCCUCUUUGGGCACAAGACCAAACACUAACACUUCCUGGAUUGGAGCAGGUAGCAGAUCACAAAAAUAGAUGCUUUGAAGCAUAAGGAAAUCCGCAGCAGGAAAAAAGCUAAACUAGAACAUGUAGUGCUAAGUAUCAGCAGUUCAAGCAGCAGACAAAAAUUGUAUCAUAAAAUGAAAGAUUUUGAAGUAAGCAAAAAAUGUGAAAUUUCUGGUGCAUGAGAUUCAAAGUGUUCCAGCGGGUAAGUCAGGAAGGAAGGGGUCAGGUGAUGGCAGCUUCUGCAUCUCAGAGACAGAGAAGGAAAUGUAGCGAUAAGGCUGCAUAGUAUUUGCUGACUUUUGCUCUGCUUACUCAGCAGCAAAGAUACAGUUUCCAUCAGCCCUUCUUUUCCUGUGAUAAAUAAAAAUUAAUUAUUACAGAGAUACCUUGAGAAAGAUACUAUUUUUAAUGCAACUUAAUUUGAUUUAAUGCAAUGAAAUGCUUAAUUCCUGAGAAAAACAUUAUUUUUCAAAGAAAGUCAUACACAUUCUUUGAAUCUUCCUUCAGAAGCAGCAUUUAAUAUUUUUCUUAGGAAUUUAAUCUGUGUUCUGAAAUGCUGAGACAUUAGUCUCUUUACAAUGCCCACUUUGUUGGUUUCUGAAAGUAACAGCUGUCUGAUGUGUUGUUUGUAGCUUGCAUCAUGUAAAAAAUACCUAGGGGUGGCUUAUCUGUCUGUGUUGGUGUGCCUCGUAAGAUCUGUGUGUGGUUUAUGAGUGCACAGUGUGUACGUCCUCACUCAUCACUUCUGCAACUGAACAGAACUGUCACUUGCAAAGUACACAGUGCUAUUCCGCAAGUGGUUUAGCCUGGAAAUAACUUGCUUCUUUCCCUUCUCAGAGGUAGUUUCAGUGCCAGUGGUAUGCCUGUUCUGUGUAAGUAUCAGUAAGAAGCCUAGUGCCUGUCCAGUGUUUUCCCUGUUGAGUACAGCUGAAAAGAUGGUUGAAUUUGCCAGCUUGCCAAGGUUGCUGUUUCUUCUGAAAUUGAUUUCUCCUAGCUCAAAGAAUCUCAAAAGCUCCCUGGAGCAAGCACACUUUCUGAAACUUUACCUUGAAGGUCACCAAUGCUUCCUUCAAAGACUGCCUUACCUCUUCGUCAGCCUUCUGAAAACGUCCUAGCAACAAAACCUGUGAUUAUGUAUGGCACAAAAAUAAUUUUGCAUAUUUAAUCUACUUCUUAUGCACCAUAAAAAUUGGAAAGAGUAGCAAAGGCAGGCUCACAUGGCAGACCCCCUUGACAGGCUGCCUGGAAAACACAGGAGCUGGAGCUUCAGGAGAGUUCUGAGUGGUCCCCUGGUUGUCUGCAGAAACAGUGGCAAGCAUUAGCCCUGAGGAAUAAAUGAUUACCAUGACCAGCUCUGACAUUUACUGUUCUUUCAGUGACUUGACCCCCAAUUACUGUUCUGUAGUUGUUCCCUAAAAUCCCAAGAUGCCAGUGUUAGGCUUACCACUAGCUUCUAUUAAGAGAAAACCUUCUAUUAAGGAAAGUAAUAGUUUCUCUGAAAUCAGCAACCCACUGAAACUGCAGAAUAUCCGUGAAGUCCUUUGGUUGUGUGUAUGUCUGCAAUUUGAGCCUGAAAAACAAAAAAACAAAACAAACACCCCCCCCGAAACCAAACCAACCCAUCAACAACACCAGCAAAGAGAGAAUGGGGAAACAUCUGAACAGCUCUCUCCUACUCUGAACAGAUUUCUUUGUACUUCUUCCUUGUUUAUCUUUAGGCUUAUAGAGGUUUCAGAAGGGCUUGGCACGUAAGUCAUGCUGCUGUCCAGCAAUAUGGUAUUAACUUGAAGCAAUCAAAAGCGUGGUAUAAUACCACUGUAAUUAGAAAUCUGUGACCCACACCUGACACUGUAAUCCUUGUGAUGUAUUUAUUUUGGAGGGCAGAGGGAAAUUAAUAUUUUUCAUUAACUCUUGAAUUAACAGAGGAACUUGAUUCUCAAGUUCCUCUGAAACAAAUGAAAAUUUCUUAUAUAUUGUCCUUUCUUUUCUUCUUUUUUAAUGAUCCAGAUUCAUCCUUCUGGUAAAACAUGUCUUAAUAGCCAGGAAGAUUGCAGGACAAGGGAAUGGCUGACUGGGGAGAAAUGCUAAUGCAAUGGUUAAGGAGAAGCUGUCUUAUACCUCGUGGCCAUAAAAAAGUGUUUAGAAACCAAAUUGAGUGAAAUUCCAUAGGAAGGAGUAGUUAACUAAGCAUCUUGGCAACAGCGCCUGGGAAUUUCAAGUGCAACCACAAAGGCUGAUAUUUGAUAUUUGGCAGUGCCCUUCUACAUUGCAUUGUGGUGGAAAGGAAGGUAUGUGAAUUCUGUUAGUGGUUUGGAAAGCUCUCAUUCUUUUAAAAGCAGUUUAGACAGUUUAUUUUUUUCUCAGUGGUGAAGUGAUUGUGCUCCUACUGUGAUACAGCACUGAUGAAAUUGGUACCUUGAUCCUGGGAAGUGAGAAGGAUUCGCUCAAGGGGUACUUUGUUUUGUUGACUUCACUAAGCAGGCUGCAGACCCCUGACUGUUGUGUAGAGUUUAGAUGAAAAUGCUCAUGUCUUUCAUACUCUUUUCACUUUUGACCAACAGAUCCUUAUAGUAAUUUGCUGAGGGCGAGGCAAAUAACCGUCAUGAUAGAUGAAAGGAGGAAAUGUGCUCUGUGACCUGCGCAGUCUGGAGUUUCAGUCCUCACCAUCUGGUUCAUGGACCGUGAGGAACAGAAGUGAACUCAUAGGUCUGAUCAGUACAGUUGGGUUUACCCCAGGUGUUAAGUGGAACAGGUUGAUUUGUUUUUUUACUACAAACUGGUGAAGAUGACGCCAAAACAUGAAAAACAGGAAUUUGUAACUGUCUUGGUGCGAGACCCCAGGAUACAGAAAGAAGACUCAUGGCAUUCUUACAUAGACUAUGAGAUAUUUAUUCACACAAACAGUAUAUGCUUUACAAGGAAAACAUCCUGUGUUAGACGACGCUAUCGAGAAUUUGUUUGGCUCCGGCAGAGGCUUCAGAGCAAUGCAGUGCUUAUACAGCUACCUGAACUGCCAUCCAAAACUCCCUUUUUCAAUAUGAACAAUCCUAAUCACGUGGACCAUCGCCGUCAAGGUCUGCAAGAAUUCCUGGAAAAGAUCCUACAAGAUGCAUUAUUGCUCUCGGAUAGUAGGCUUCACCUCUUCCUACAGACUCAGCUAAGCCCAGAAGACAUGGAGGCCUGUGUGUCUGGGCAGACCAAAUACUCUGUUGCUGAGGCAAUUCUCAGUUUCGCCUCUCUGAACAGACGUUUUCCUAUAGAAGAUGAAGAGGAAAAAAAAGGAAAAAACGAUGCAGACUCUGAUUCAGAGAGUUCAUCCUCCGGGCUCGGACCUAGUGAUGACAGCAUUUCAUGUGGAUGUAAAGCAAGCCCAGCUUCUGAAGAAUCAUGAAAAAUCAUUCCUGUAUUGCUACCUUAAGGACAGUACAGAGCAGGUUCUGCUUUGUUUACUGGUUAUGUGUACCACACAAGCAGGGCUGUCUGGUAACAUGUACCUAAAAGACCCAUUGUUAAUGCAACCAUAUGUCCUUACAAAAUACUCAAAACAGACCUUGAUCCUAUCUUUUUGGUGAUUUUUUUAAUGUAUCUUGGUGCAGGUCUACACGCUACCAAUUUAUGUUUUUGUGACUAUGAAAAUCUCAGUAUUGGGUAAGUCAUGCUCUUCUGACAUAGGUGGCAGUUAAAAUAAUUCCUUCAGUGAGUGCGUGUCUCAGAUUCGAAAAAUAAAGAUAACUUAAUUCCCCAUCUUAAAAGUUGGUAUAUCAUAUCAAACAUAUUCAAAGCAUCUUUUAGUCAUUUGCAUCAGAGAAGUUUCAUCUUUAGAAGUCAUUUGACAUUGGUGAUGAAAUUACACACCCCACCAAGGUACUCACUUUUUAAAGUAGCUCAGCAACAUCAGCAAAACAACAUUGGUACAAACUAUAUGCUGCUGACAAUUUGAGAUAUAAAUACAUCUUCCUCUGGUCCUUCAGUAAUGUUUAUGGAAAGACUGGUUUUAUCAUGCGUAAGUACUGAAGGCAAAAAUUCUUGAGCAUGGUUGCCUAGAAGUUUAGAAAUAUAAAUAAAAAUUACAUCAUUUCUAGGCUUGCUGGAGAUUCUCAGCUCCCAGGGAAUUAUGAAUACUCAUUUCCAGUGAAAAUCCUGGAUGAGGUUCAUCAAAACCAAUGGCUGAAUUUUGCAUUGACCUUGCUAGGGCCAGGAUUUCACCCAACAUGUUUAACUUUAGGCAUCUAUAUUUGAGGGUGCUGGUAGAGGUGUUUUAGUUCAGCAGCUGAAGUGGGGAGUAUCUCCCUCUGUGAGAUGAUGAUAAUCACAUAGCUGUAACACCCUGCAUGGAUGUGGCCCUCUCCACUCUCCGUGAGUUACAGGAGCUGCUGAUUUCAUUGUGGCUGUAGUUACCACGUUGGAAUAUUGACUUCUUUCACAAACAAAAGGCAGGCUCCAACACAACUUCUUAACCACCAACACUUAUUUUGAUUAAACGUCAGUUUUGCUCUUUAUUGUUCACAGCAGCUGCGUAGUGUCUUGUCCCAGAUCCUGUCAAAGGAGUAUGUUUCACUGUGGUGUUGUAUUUAUAUUUGACAUUUAACUGCUAUUAAAAAGAGCUAGGGGGUCUGAUCACCCUAGCAAAGCUCCCAUUAACUUCAGUGCAGUAGUUACAGCCCUAGAAAUGGAUGUAAAUACAUGCCCUUUUAUUUUUUUUUCUUUUCUUUGUAAAGAAAACUGCGGUUACUUUCAAAGAAGGAGCAUUUUAAACCUGGGAAUUACAGAAACAAUAGGUUAUUAAAUAGACAGCUAGUAAGGGGUAGCAUAAACAUGUGUGGGCAUGUUUUUUUAAAGAAUCCAGCUGGGAAUCUGUGUAAUUUUAGAAACAGGUUAUAGUAGCCUGAGAAUAACGUCUCUUAGGUAACUACUUUAAGCCACUGAAUUUUGUUGAUGGUAGCACUUUGUAAGAUAAGUAUCCAUGUUUCUUUUUGCUCGGUCUUACUGAAUUGCACAAAUGUAUCUAUUCACCAUCUCAGCUUCUGUGUGCGUUAGCAGCAACGGUAUUUUUAAUUAAAAGUGAUUAUGUUUAACUAAAGCAACAAGUUAUCACUAAAAGCAGGUUAAAAAUAGCUGUUACUGCCAGUCAGAGAUUUUCAUGACUUGAUCUUUUUUCCCUAUUAUUUUUUAAGAUGGCACAUUACAAAAAAGUUGUUUAGCAGAUUUAUUUAAAAGGUGGGAAGGAUUUAAAAAGAAAAACUGGAAUAAUGCUGAGAAGAAUAUUACCAUUUUUAUUCAAGGCAAUGUAAGUUUUUCUUAAGAGCUAAACUCUUGAAGCACUUUACAUUUCUGGCUUACUAACACAUCCUCAGUACCUGACAAAAAUUACAGAAACACAAGGUUUGGAGAGCCUUUGUGGCUAAUUUUAUUUUUUAAUUCUAGGAGCUUAUCAGUACACCAGCGAGUGUUUUCCAAAUGAAGAUGUUUCUGAAAUAAAUGUUUGUUUUUUAAUAGCUCUAUUGUUUUGCUCUUAUUUUGUCAUUCUGUUAAAAAAAUCUAAGACCACUGUAACUUUCUUCUCAGCUCUGACAGAAAUUUGUUCAAAUAUUUAUCUUUUGAAUGUUGUUUGUGUUGCUAGUAUUACUAGAAUUUUUCUUUGUGAUGGGGGAGGGAAAGUACUCCAUGCUCUCUAGUAUGUCUCCUUUAUGUAUCAGCUGUAUAUAAUCACAUAGAAAGGCUUUAAGUAUUUUGUUUCAUUGGAACAUUAAAUUUAGCUUUUACAAAUGUAAAUGUUAAACAAAAAUAAUUUUAAUGUCUUUUUUUACUUUAAUGAUUUGGUAAUUUUUCAGCACUAUGACACAUAGUUUGAUCAGUCAUCACUGGUACUUUGAUUCUCAUUUUUUAGUUUUGAACAAUGCCGACAUUUCCGGCUAGCUUUUUUUUUAAAAAACAGGAUAAUACCUAAUUUAUAAAUUAGAAGUAGUAAUCAGAUUACAUUAUAUCUAAUUGCAAUAAUUCUGCAUUCAAAAGCUUUUUUUCUCUUUUGCUUAUAGCUUUACAUCCUCAUUUUUAUGAUGAUUUCUUAAAAGCUUUUAAGUAAUUAAAUAAAACAAGUUACUACUUUCUAGCUCAUGUUUAAACCUGACAGUGAGCUUUCCUUUAUUUCAGUAUCAAUAUCCUAAUCACUUCAUGACUUCCCAUGUAUAAUUUCCUCUUCAGUUAUUUUUGUAGUAUGUGUAUAUAUACAUAAAUAUAUGUAUAGAUAUGUGUAGUACAUAUAUGUGUGAAUAUAUAUACACACUGUGUAUACACACGCACGCUGUUGUGUUUGGGUUUUCACUUUACUUUUUUUUACAAAAAGAAUAGCAAAGAAACUCCACAGAGAUGGUGUAUUAGGAGUGAAAAUAGUUGUUUACGUCGCAAUGUAUUUCUGUAAGCAUGGAGGGAAAUUUAUACUCUAAAACCCACACUGUAAAACAGUGCAAACUUCGGUGUCCAUGUAUUUUUUUUGACAGGUGAUAUACUGAAUUUGUUAUCCAGAUAAAUAUUUAAAUUUUAUAUAAUUACUAUGAAUUAUUAAAAAGAAAAAUGUUUGUGAUUUGCUCUGUUAUACACGGUAUGGAUAAGAAGAAAAAUAAACCUUGUAUGGUCCUG